AUGGACUGGCGACUUCUCGAGUACGCCAAGGAAGCGGAGGAUACAGCUUCAGGCCUCCAUGUCUUUCUUGGCGAAAUUCCACAGUUUCGCAAAGACAUCACGGGUUACAUUGCUGAACUCUUCGCCAUAUCCAACGCUCUACACGUACUACAUGAAGCACUCGAGCCGGCACACUAUGGAAGGUACUCAGGCCGGAUCUUGAAGGACCUAGAAGUUUGUCUUCCAAGCUUAGGACACACUCUCGAUGAUGUGCGCGACAUGUUCAGCAAGAAGAACGGUAGCCGCCAUGCUGCUCCGGGAGCAUUUCCGGGUACCCCACCCUAUACGUUGAUCUGGCAGGACGCACUUGCGGACAUGAAAGCUCAGGGCAUAUCUUUUCCUGUGAGGCUGGAGCUCUUCAGAACGUACCUGCAAGGAAUGGAGGACGCUUUGAAGGGUGAGGAGGAUGAGGAGGAGAUCUUGCAGAUCAGGGCCCGUUUGUCGAAGCUGUUGAAGAACCAAGAACCUCUUGAUUCGUACUUCAGCAGACUCUCAACAAAUGGGCAUUCCGGCAGUCAUGCGAAAACACCAAAACCUGCUUCUCCAAAAGUUUCCCGACCCAAUAUUGAACGGUAUUCCACAUACCCGGCUUAUAGUCAUAUCCCACCACCAGCACCGGCGCCUCCGCCUCCACAGUUCUCUCAACUCGGAAUUGCUCCAACUUGGGGUGGCGUCAUCGGAGACAUACCAUUCGUGCCGCCACCAGUGCCGGAGAUUCCCCAAUCACCAACGUACUCCACAGCCUCAUCGCAUUCUUUCUCAACUCAUUCCACUGAUUCGGGAGAAGCAGUCGCUCACUGGUCGAUGAAGAUAUUCGAUGGACGCCAUUCUUCCACGCCAUUCCACACACUUGGAGAUGCUACCGUUUGUCUCGGAAGAGACGAGCCACGAGUCAUUGAGAUGUUGGAUGACGAUAGAUUUGAGAGAGUGUUGGAGUUACCAUUCGAGGCCACCAACGUCUGGGUAAGGCUGUAUUGGAGGUCUGACGACAGUCGCGCCAGGAUACUCUUCCUCACUAUGGAUCCUACCGGACGCCGCAUGAGAUACUGCUUUCCGUUGACUGGAUUGAAAGUGAUACGUUCAGAGUCUUGUCUGCAGCUUUGCCGUGUUAACCGCAAAGAUGGACAGCUCGACCUGUGGGCUAGGCUCCGGUUCACCUUGUAUGAACGGAUGGUUCUCUUCUACUGCACCGUUGUCGCCAUGAAGCGUCAAGACCAAAGUGGUAUCGCUGAUGGCCUAGAGGAUUUCUUCACGCCCGGAGAGAGGAUUGAGUUCAGCGGCGAAAUUACUGACAGCAGAUACCUCCACGCAUUUCGCAUCUACCGUGACGAAGACUCGGGCUGCGUCCGCUUCGAAGCAACACCUCGUCGCGGUCCGCUGAAGACGAUUCCCAUCUGGACAGCCUUCGUUACGCAGCACAUCAGAAACGGCCAUUGGAUGAAGCGUGUUGGCAAUGCGACGAUUCAGUUUCGAGACCUGCAUCCGUACGUCUUCUGUGAAGGAUACAAGGUACCAAAAGGGUCCACAGGCAGAUACCAAUUGACUUUUACUACGCCUGAAGACGCGAGAAACUUUGUGGAACGAUUUCAUCGCAUCAAAACGCGGUAA